AUGCCAUCACUAUCUCAGCCUUUUAGACUGGCAGUUUUACCAAAAAUUGCAUCUCUAAGCAAUUAUUCUUUACAAACAGAUUAUUUGCAGGUUGCUCCAGAUACAUUUACUUAUGACACUAAUAAGGUAACCCUUGGGAUAUCUGGAUCUGGGAUUUCUCAAUAUAUUAUAAAUCCGACACCAAAGUUAUUAUUUAAUAUCGCCAUACCCUCUACCAACAAUGUUACUGCAUCUAAUAUAUCUCAUUAUAUUGAAGAAGUAGAAAAUGCAAAUUCAACCGUCACAACUGAUAAAUCAGAUUUGGUUGAUAAGGAUAAUAUGGAAUCUACAGAAGAGGUAAGCGUAGCUGAAAAUACUGAUGUAACUAAAAGAUCUGUCGAACUUUGGGCAUAUGGUUUAGUUGCAAAUAAAUCAAAUACACUAAAUAUUUCUGUUAAGACUACUGGUUUGGAUGAGUUUUCUACCACACCAGGUGAAAUUAUUAGAAAGAAGACUAUUAAAGUUGAUUCCAAGGUUGUUAACAUAAAAAUAUUCAAAGAAUUUAAGACUAUUGUAGUCGUUUUAAAAAAUGGUUUGGUUAAGCUUUUUGAUUUUGAUUUAAAUUUAAAGUCUUCUUUAGAUAUUGCAUAUAAUGAUGUUCAAUUUGUUCAACAUUUCACUGAAUCAAAACAAAACUUUCUGUUAAUAUUAUCAAACAUUGAUGAAGAAAAAUCUUCAGUGUGCUUUAAAUUAUACCAAUUAAGAUUAGAUUCUGACUCUAACCAGGUUAGCGAAUUGAGUUUCUCGAUUUUGCAAGAUUUUGAUUUAUCAAAAUCUAAGCUAUCAUACCAAUUUGGUAAGCUAUACAGAUUAACUGGUUCUGAACUCUUUGUCUAUUCUCUGCCACAAUGUCAAUUAUUGCAAAAUAUUUCCUUGGCAGAAAUCUUCCCAAACACUAUUGAUGUAUCUUCAAUAAAACCCGUUGCAAAUAAUAGAUUGGUUUUGGCCAUAAAUAACGUGGUUUAUCUAAUAGAUACCCUACACAGGUCUAUCCUAGCUGAAAGAGAAUUUACACAUGUCAAGACAUUUCAAUUAUUACAAUCUGCUACCAUUGGAGAUUCUAAUAUCACUCAAAGAACAAUUGCUAUUGGUGUUUCUACGAAAUCAGGUCCAACCUCUGCAUCCGCUUUAGAAUUAAUUAAUAUCGAAGUUGGUUCUGGUACUUUAAAGGAUUCUUUAGGCAAAGGUGUUUCAAAAAAAUUAAGUGAAGGAAGUCAUUCUGAUUUAAAACCUCUAUUUGAUGAAAAUGAUGAGAAAAGUUUGAUCGGCACACCUGUUCAUGAUAUUUCUAAUGUGAAAUCAUUUAAUUUCAACAAAAUUUUAGCAGAUUUGAAAUCCUCUGAUACAAUUUCAGAUUUUGAUAAAACAUUUUUUGAAAGUUUGGAGAUUAAAGAGAAUCAUUACACUGAAAAUGAUAGAUUUAUCUCCGAUCAAGAUUUUAUUGCAAACACCAUUGAUCUAAUAUUUAAAAAGUUCGAUACUGAAUUUCCAAAGGCGUUUACGUUCCUUUUAACACAUCCAUUAUUCCCUAUUAAGCUCACUGUAGGCUUGUUAGAUAAAUUAAAGGAUCAUCCAAGAUUAUUCAAGCAAGCAAUUGUUACAUGUCCAAACUUGCCUCUGUCUGAACUCUUAUUCCAACUAUUUACUGUUAAAAAUGGUGAACUUACCUUAGAUAUAUCAUUACGUGUUUUACAGGACUACUCAAGAAACGAUGUUAAGCAAGAAAUAAAAAAACUAGAUAAUGUUGACAUUGAAAAUUUCAUUGAAUUUAUAAUUACUCCAACAACAGAAGAAAUUCAAACUAACACUCCACAACUGUUCCAACUAUUAUCUUUGGUCUUAGACUCCAUUGGUUUAUUUGCCUUGAAAGGUCCACUAUUAGAACGUUUAUCAAACUAUAUUAACGAGCAAGUUACCAUUGCUGAAAGAAGUUCCGAAUUAUGGCAUCUGUUGGAUACAAGUACAACUCCUCGUCCAUUCAAAAAUGCUUAUCUAAAAUCUGUAAUCGGUAACAAAGAAACGUUAUCUGUAUACAGUGUGGACUAUUUAGAUAUAUAA